UGUAGAAAAUGCAUUUGCAUGCCAAAUUGCCACCAUAAAUCUUUGAAUUUGAUGCUCAAAUUGUUCCGAGAGAGAGAAUGGAUAUCGGAGCGGCCAUUUCGGAGGCCGAAACUCAGCUACUAGACGAUGCCGUGCCGGGUUUCGUCAAUUUUAAUGGCCGCCCCUCUGUCAGAUCAAAAUCCGGACGAUGGAACUCCGCUUCUUUCAUCAUUGGUGUGGAAAUAGCCGAGAAAUUUGCAAACAGCGGAAUAAGUUCAAAUCUCAUCAUGUAUCUAACUGGCCGUUAGGACAAUCCACGGCGGCCGCGGCCGCGAACGUCAAUGCCUGGAAUGGCACGACAUUGCUUCUUCCGUUGUUGGGUGCUUUCGUCGCUGACUCAUUUUUGGGCAGGAGGAUCAACGAUGGUUCCCCAUCUACCCCCGAAGUGACUCGGACCCCCGGCCUAACGGUCGGACGUGAAGCGUCUUACCACCGAGCUGCGCUUCGUUGUCUUGGAGGGGACCAACGGGUCCACCUACCUUCCCUCCAGUCACGGGUCCAGACCAGUUAACCUAUCUUCCCAAUUAUGGGUCUGACCAGUUAACCUAUCUCCCCCUGCUCCUGGGUUCAGGUCAAUGAACUCAUCACCCCCAGGGGAAAUAAAUCCCCAAGAUGCGCCUCCCAGGGGUCGAACACGUGACCUCUAGGAUGGCGCGGUAUCCUUACCGGUCCAUUGUGGUUAGUCGUGCUUAACUUCGGAAUUCUGAUAAACAAACAGAGUCUGGGCUUCAUGUCCUUGUCGGCUUCCCUCCACAACGAUUGUAAAACCGAAGUGAAUGCCUCUGAUUGCUCUCCCCCUCUAUUGGAAUUCGUCGGCUUCUACCUCUCUUUGUAUCUAGCUGCAUUUGCCGAAGGCGGAAUGAGGCCAUGCAUCCAAGCUUUUGGAGCAGACCAAUUUGAUGGCAACGACAUCAACGAGUCAAAAUCAAAGAGCUCUUUCAAUUGGUGGGUUUUCGCAAUGUCAGCUGGCGCUUUGCCAGCCCUCUUGAUCUUGAACUACAUUCAAGAUAAUCUUAGUUGGGAACUCGGGUUUGGAAUCCCCUGCAUCGUGAUGUUCGUUGCUCUUCUUUUAUACUUGCUCGGCUUCUUAACCUACCGGUUUCGCCUACACAGUGAUGAGAAGAAGAAUCAGUUCGUUAGGAUCAGCCGGGUUUUUAUGAGGCCAACAAGGAAUCACCUCGUUGUCCCUUAUGCAUUUGUUGAUGCAGAGCAUGGUAGAAUGGAGUAUCUAGAUCGGGCACGAACGGAAGUACGUUCGGGCGGGUGCUGUGAAGACUACAUUGGUGACGCCAGGGCGCUCCUAGAUCUCCUUCCCAUUUGGGGCACAUGUUUGGGCUUUGCGGUCGUAAUAUCGCAAGGCUCUACCCUAUUCACAAAACAGGGCCAGACGAUGGACCGCGAAAUCUUUCACGGCCUCGAGAUUCCUGCUGCCAUGCUGCAGUCUUUGGUGUAUUUGACCAUAUUAUUCCUAGUGCCAGUCUAUGACCGUGUCAUGUUGCCAGCCGCCCGAUCCUUGACUGGGCGGCCGACAGGGAUAUCCAUGCUCCAACGUAUUGGAACCGGUUUGUUCAUGUCGUUGCUCUCCAUGGUGAUUGCCGCACUAGUUGAGAUGUGGCGGUUGACCAUUGCGGCCGAGUGUGGGAUGGUGGAUGAUGUUGGGCCCACGCUCCCAAUGAGCGUGUGGGGGUUGGCGCCCCAGUACGUGUUGUUUGGUCUGGCCGAUGUGUUUGUGAUCGCUGGGCUUCGGGAAUUUUUCUACGACCAAGUUCCGAGUGACUUGAAAAGUAUACGGCUUGCCCUAUACCUUAGUAUUUUGGGAAUUGGGGAAUUUUUAAUUAGUAUUUUAAUAGGUUUAAUAGAAUGGAUGACAAGCCGAGGUGGCCACGCUAGUUGGUUCGAUAACAACAUGAAUCGUGGGCAUCUUGAUUAUUUCUAUUGGUUGCUAGCUUUGAUUAGUGCACUUGUCACGUUAUUUCUAUUGGUUGCUAGCUUUGAUUAGUGCACUUGUCACGUUAGCUUAUGCAUUCUUUGCAAAAUCCUAUAUUUAUAAGGGAAGAGAUUUGGUGUGUUGAUAGUAGUGGCCUAGUGGGAUGUUAUUUAUGCAACUAUAUGUCUUGUGUAUAUAAAUCAACAAUUAAUAUAAGACUACUUGGUCAUGUGGUA